AUGAAAAACGCCAAGUGUCAUCUGCACCCCAAACUAACUGGCAGGACGGAGGAUCGAGGGCGGACACCAGGGCAGUGUUUCGCUGCUUCAGGUGGGGGCAGUAACUGCUUGGUGACGUUCGUCAAUCUCAAGUGCGACUCCUCCAGGAAAGGACAGACAAGCAGAUCUUGCAACCCCUCAAACAAGGAGAUCACGUGCAUCACCCUGGAGCUGGAGGCCGAGGUGAAAACCGGAGGCAUGACAGCCGACUUUAGGGCGGCACUCGCUGUCCUUGAAACAAAGUUCGACCAAGUCCAGACGACAGUAGAAGACCACAGUCAGUGGCUCUCGUCAUUGGAACCCGCCACGGAUGAUCUGAGUCAACGUGUCAGCGACAUAGAAAGCACUUGCUCUGCUUUUAAAGAGGUCAACGCGAAGCUACAAGCUAAAGUCGUGGACUUGGAAGGCUGGAGUCGGCGUCAGAACGUACGCAUCCUGGGUCUGGCAGAGUCCACCGAAAGUGGACAGCCUACAGAGUUUUUUUUCAGAAACUGCUUGUUGAAGUUUUUGGACAAGAGAGUCUCACACCAGCCCCGGAGGUGGACCGUGCACAUCGCCUCGGGCCACCCGAGCCGUGCCGGAGCGGCGACCACGACCUGUCAUUCUCCGUCAUCUCUACCAGGUGAAGGACCUCCUGAUCCGGGAAGCUCGACGUAG